AUGCGGCCCGCCCGGCCGGCCGCCCGACUGCCCAUGCCUCCCCUCCGGGACUGCCCCACCGGCUGCGGUUGCGCCGCCCUCCUGCGCGCCUGCUGCUCCAAACUACAGUCCCUCGUCGCCGCCCCGCGGCGGUCCCCCUGGCCCAUUGCCCGCGACGCGAGCAGCGCAUCGACAUGCGUGGCGGCGCGGGGGAUCGCCGCGGGAUUGGGGCGUCCUGAGGCGGCAGCGGGGGCGGGGAAGGGCGACGGGGAGGUGAUGGUCGUUGGGCUGGGGAACCCGGGGCCCAAGUACGCAGACACCAGGCACAACGUUGGCUUCAUGAUUAUUGACGAACUGGCACGUCAAGAGGGGAUCCCUGUUUCCAAGACAGAGCACAAUGCACUUGUGGGCAGGGCGAUGAUGUGUGGAAGGAAGGUGCUGCUGGCCAAGCCCAAGACGUUCAUGAACAACAGCGGCAAGGCAGUCGCUGCACUGUCAAAAUAUUACAAGAUUUCCAGCGAUAGGAUUCUUGUCAUCUUUGAUGAUUUGGACCUUCCAACUGCCACGGUGAGGCUGAGGGCCUCAGGAGGAACAGGAGGCCACAAUGGGAUGAAGAGCAUCGUGGCACAAAUUGGCACCAAGGAGUUUCCCAGACUGAAGAUAGGUAUUGGGAGGCCCUCUGGGAGGAAAGAAGUAGUGAAUCACGUUUUGGAGCCCUUUGGAAACGACGAGAAGGCGGAGAUAUCCAUCGCCAUCAAGGAGGCCGCUGACGUCGUGAGGGCUGUGCUGUCAGUCGGCGUCAUGAAGGCUGUGUCGGGCGUGCGGUCGCGGUGA